AUGAAUACUCUACUCCUGGGGCUCGCAGCGUUUGUGCUUGUGCUACUCAUUCGACUGUACUCGAGAGGAGGGGAUAGGAAACACCUCCCGCCUGGCCCUCCAGGUGUGCCUAUCCUCGGAAACCUGCCCCAGCUUGUUGGAGUAUCUCAACUAUGGCAUACUUUUGAUAAGUGGAGGUAUGAAUACGGCCCCCUCACGUAUCUGAAUAUGGUCGGAAAGGAUGUCAUGGUUCUCAACACUAAAGCCGCAGCUUUCGAGCUUUUGGAAAGGCGAUCUGCAAUUUACUCAGACCGACCUAGAAGUAUCGUGGCGGAGUAUAUCGGAAGUCAGUUGGCGAUACCAUUUGCAAGAUAUGGUAAAUCAUGGCAGAAUAUGCGUCGAGCAGCCCAUGAAGUCCUAAAUGCAAGGGUCAGCUCCCAGUAUCAUCCUGUGCAGACCGAAGAAGCUAUCAUUCUGGCUAAUGGUUUGCUGUAUGACAAGUCCUCAACAUUGCUCGAGAAAAUCAAUGGCUCAGCGUCGACGGUUAUUUCAGUCGUAUACGGCAAACGGUCUCUAUCUAGCGAAAAGAAAGUGCAAGCGACGGUUGACCCAGAUGAGGACCUCCAUCUUCCAGAGUCCGACCCCCUCCAAUCCCUUUGUAAUAUUGGCCAUCGGUUUACAAGUUCAUUGUAUCCAGGCGCCUAUUUGGUGGAAGUUCUUCCUAUAUUGGACUAUGUACCCACCGCAAUGGCACGGUGGAAGAGGAAUGCUCGAAGAGAUUUUGACAGAAUUGGGGGGACAUUCCACAAGUUUUACAAUGAUGCGGUGCGGAAUGAUGAGCAGCGCACGAGUCUUUGUGCCAAUCUAGCAGAUAGUCAGUUCGCCACUGGACUUACGAACACGGAGAAAGCGUGGGUUACGGGCUCUAUAUCUGUGGCCGCGCUAGAAACUACCAGUACCACUUUAUCAUUCUUCAUGUAUGCUAUGAUUCAGUACCCAAAGGCCCAGGAGCAAGCGCAAAAGGAGCUUGACCGUGUUGUGGGCAGACUGCGGAGUCCAAAUUUUACUGAUAUGGCACAUCUUCCAUACAUCCGAGCCAUAGUAAAAGAGGUUCUGAGAUGGCAACCAGCAAUUCCAUUAGUUGUUCCACGCAUGGCGAUGGAGGAUGACUGGUACGAAGGGCGCUUCAUCCCUAAGGGUACAGCUUUGAUCCUCAAUUUGUGGUCAAUGAACCACGACCGUGAAGUAUACGGACCUGACGUCGACCAAUUCCGUCCCGAGCGCUUCCUUCAACAAACUGAGAAGGAAGGCGAAUACGCACUUCGGCCUGAAUACGUGAAUGAAGAUGGGCAUUGCUCUUAUGGCUUUGGAAGGAGGGGAUGCGUAGGGAAAUAUGUGGCCGACAACGCACUAUUCAUUGACAUGGCUACGAUCCUAUGGGCAUUACGCAUUGAACCUGAUACUUCGAAGCCGACUGAGACUCCAGUGAAACGGGGACCAACGAAGGACCUUGUCAAGUGA